AAAACAAAGGGCAAAGGAAGCACCUACGAGGAAGGUCACCAAAAUCAAGAUGUUGCUGAUGCUCCCACGUUUCGCAUCCACAUCUAUAAAUACCAACGACAAUGUUCCGCACAUCACUACCGCUACAACAACAACACAACAGCAACAACAACAACGUUAGCUAUUACAAUUCACAACACUGCAAAAAACAUUUUAUAAUUCAAGUGUAUAACGUUACUCAAAUUUCAAAGCUUGGACGCUGAUUUUGCAUGGACAUGCCGUCUUCGAGUUCAACCCAUGUUGGCGCUGCGUCUUCUGCGUACAGAGGAGUGCGCAAGAGAAAAUGGGGCAAGUGGGUCUCCGAAAUCCGCGAGCCCGGAACCAAGACCCGGAUUUGGCUCGGCAGUUUCGAGACGCUGGAGAUGGCCGCCGCCGCCUACGACGUGGCGGCGUUGCAUUUCCGUGGCCGCGACGCCAGACUGAACUUCCCCGAGCUCGCAAGCACGCUGCCGCGCCCCGUCAGCAACAAUGCCGACCACAUACGCAUGGCGGCGCACGAGGCGGCCCUGCGGCUCCGGACCAACCCCGCCCCGCCGGAGACCGGAGGAGGCAUUUCCCCCACGGCGGCGCCGCUGACGGUGAGACUCUCCCCCACUCAGAUUCAGGCCAUCAAUGACUCCCCCAUGGACUCGCCUCAGACGUGGAUGCAAAUGCCGGACACUUUCAUGAUGCACGAUCAAUCCAUGAUGUUCGCAAAUGGUUAUGCCUUUGAAGACAACGAGUGGGAGCAUAUGCAGAAUGAUUCUCUCUGGGAUCCUUAGAUACACAUAUACAUACAUACAUACAUAUACAUUAUACAUACGUACAUUCACACGGUAUACCAACAGUGAAGAAGAAUACGAAUACACCACAUAUACCAUAUACCAGUAUUGCUAUUAGUUUAUUGUGGUUACGUUACGUUUCGUUACAUUAUGACUAAUGAAUUAAUUAAGGUGAGGUGACAAGAACGGUGACACUGACGCCAUGUCUCUCUGCAUUUGACCAGUCCUAGGUUUUGAAAAUAAGAGGCGUGGAGGAACAUGCGAACAUGCCAUUGCUUCCUUUUUCUUUUUGUUCUUUCCUCCAUGGAUCAUUUGGAAGUACCUAGACUAUAGCUUAUGGAGAUGAAUUAGCAAGAAAAGAUCACACUUUGGAGGGUCCCAGUAGAGAUUAGUGUAACUAUUUGUUGUGGGAGAGAUUUGUUUAAUCAAAGAUUUUUGAUUUAGUAUAGUGGGUGGGAUUUGUUCUGUGUACCAGAUAAGCCACGAACUCUGUUUAUUGGCUGUGUUUUAUAGGCUGUGGAAGAGUGUGGUGUGCUUUUAUUCUAUUAUAGUAAAUGUAUUGGAACUCCAUUAAUAUACUAAUUUCUUCUGAGAUUUAUCCAUUUCUUCCUCUUCUUUGCUUUGUUUUUCAUCCAAAAAAAGACACCACCUUUUAUUUUCACAGGCUUUUUUACUUUUGGGCCAAUGGGUUGGGCUUUUUUUUUAUGUACAUGGAUUGACCCAAACCGAAGCAAAAAAAGACAUGAAAGGUUUGCUGUAUCAGAUGACCUCUCUGCAUAAUCAGUGGUAGUUGGUGUUCGUGUUAUGUCAGUUAAUAGAAAAAAAAUGGAGAAAGUGUGAAGAAGAGCGAUUGAUUGUGCUUGUAUUGUAGAGUGAAGUGUCUCUGGAAAAUGUUUAUCAUCACUUCAAAUUCCACUCCCACUUG